AUGUGGAACAUCAUGACAUCGAUAUUGAGCGCCCGAAGCCGACGUGACGAUUCAGAAGUCGAAGUUCCGCCUACAUCGUCAGUCACCAACCCGGAAAUUGCCGUGGAUCGCUCGUGCUUUCGUCUUCGCAGUCGUGGAUGGCUGGACCGCGAAAAUGAAGUUUACGUUUCCGUACCGAAAGACGUUUCGGGACAAUGCAACGUCAUUUUCUUCCCUGGAGAUGUCCAAGACUUCAAAACUGCCAUGAUGGCAGGACCUUUUGCAGAAUAUUGUGACUACGCGUACGAGGCUGUAGCAGAUUUGUUGAGCCAGAAGUUUGGUGAUUCGAGCAAUGUGUGGGUGGUGAGACCCAGUCGCUUCAAACAUGGAGCUUACAGCAGCUUUGACAAUUUCGUGACUUCGAACGAUUACGGGGCUGCUACAGGGUAUGAAUCAACGGCACACGCUACCAAACACCUGGCGUCUCUGAUGCAAAGCACACAAGCGACGUUGAGACGACAAGGAGUGAUCGUAUCGACAGCAGUUCCGAUACACCUGCUUGGGUUCAGCAAGGGUGGUAUUGUUCUGAAUCAAGUUGUGACAGAGCUCGUGCGAUGCUCGUUCAAUAAGAAACGAUCAAUCAGCGGUCAGCAUCGACAGGGAUCUGCCUUCGCAAGCACGCGAAAAUUCUUCUCAAGCGUCUACUCGCUCCACUGGCUGGACCCUGGAAACGGAUCUCUUCGAGGUUCAAUGCCGACGGACGACAUGUCUCUCACUGUGCUCUCGCAAUAUGAACAGCUGAGGUUAUUCGUGCACGUGACGCCGUACCAAUACGAGGCUCGCACUCGACCAUGGAUAAAAACUGAGGUGAACAGUUUUGCGAACAAGAUGAACCUCCGCGGUGCUGAUGUUCAACUUAUAAUCUAUAAUGAGAGCGGUAAAGAUUCAUUAGCUUCCCAUUUUCGUAUCCUUCACUAUUUUGAAGCCAGCCGAUCGAUGAGGACGAAAGGGGAGGGAGCCACGAACUCGCCAGAACAUGCUGUGCAGCCUGUUCGAAUUCAGGUGUGCAAAUGA